GCCUGUUUCUUUGCGCGGCGCUGGCGAUUCCGUAAUUUCCGCUUCCGGUAGUGAGAACCCUUCCGGUCGGCUAGGUACUGAGCGCGGCAGGCUCUACAGAGUGAAGGUUUAAAUCCAAGGUCAUGGCAAAACAUCUGAAGUUCAUCGCCAGGACUGUGAUGGUACAGGAAGGGAACGUGGAAAGCGCAUACAGGACCCUAAACAGAAUCCUCACUAUGGAUGGGCUCAUUGAGGACAUUAAGCAUCGGCGGUAUUAUGAGAAGCCAUGCCGCCGGCGACAGAGGGAAAGCUAUGAAAGGUGCCGGCGGAUCUACAACAUGGAAAUGGCUCGCAAGAUCAACUUCUUGAUGCGAAAGAAUCGGGCAGAUCCGUGGCAGGGCUGCUGAGGCCUGUGGGUGGGACACCCAGUGGGAAACCCUCAUCCAGUUUUCUCUCCAUCUCUUUUCUUUGUACAAUCCCAUUUCCUAUUACCAUUCUCUGCAAUAAACUCAAAUCACAUGUCUGCAAGAAGGCCUCCAAAUAUAGAAACAAUCCCAUUA